CGUAUCUACUUUGUCAAUACUGACUUCAAUGCCCCAAUAAUACAAUUUUAUUAGUGUUGACCCAGAAUGGUUAGCAGGAAACUCCCCUCCUCUUCCUCUCAAUCCCAAUCAUACUUCAUAUCUCCUGCUCCCCCCAUUUCCGUCUUCCUCGAUGACUCCCUGGUCCCAUCCCUCCCACCUCCUGGAGGCAAGCUGGAGCACCUGGACCUAAUGGGUCGUCGCCCCAAAUUGCCUCCACCUCUUAAGACAAUCAUCGUCCAAUCAAACUCUGAACUAUCUUCCAAGCCAAUGGCCGGAUCUGGACACAAGAUGAUGUCGAAGCCGCUUGAUGUGCCAGGGUUGGUCCGUGGCCUGGAGACACGUAGAGCGGGUAGUCUGGGAAACAGGGCUGGAAUCGGGUUGGCGCAAGUGAGAAACUUUCACACAGGGUGUGUGGAUCACGGUUUAUUUCGUCCCAACGUAGGACUCAGACGCAUCGCAUCAUUUGAAUAUACUCAGAACAAUGGAACCAGAACCAGACAUGGGAGGACUGCCUCAGAUCCAACCCUCGAAGAAGUUCGUCGAGCGGCAAAGACGAAGAUAGCAGACCUUCAGAAGCCAGAGCGGUCAGCUUCACUUGUCGGGACUGCUGAUGGGCUAAAGCUCGGUAAACCAGGAGACAAGAAAAUGGUUAAGCUCCUCACCGCAAUUCAAGCUCUGAUACCCGACACUCGUGUGCCCAAACCCGUUCCACCACCUCCCGUUACCUGUGUACUCGCUCCAAUGUGUUUCUUGAUCCCUAUGGCCAUCGUAUUGGAGAUUUUGGUUUGGGAGAGAGAGAUGUUGAAAGGGAAUAAAGCAAAAACAACGCUACCUGUACUGAGGGAUGGGUCACAGCUUCAAGUAUCAGGAAAAGAUGGUCAAGAAGAAGUGGACUGGAAAAUUGCUCAAUCAUACAUUCUCGCUUUUGGUGCCCUGCUCGACUCUUUACUCCCCUGUCUCCAAGACCCAUCGUCAUCCUCAGACAAAAGAAAAGUUGAGGAAUUGAUCAAAUCCGCAAGGCAGUACGUGGCGAAAAUGAAGAAGGUGUUUGGAGAGGUCGCAGGGAUGUAUGUGGACAGGUACGGAUUUGUGAGAAGUUGGUGGGAUGAAACUUGGAUAAAGAGCGCAGCGGGGGAAGUGGGAAGGUGGGGAGACCUGUUCGAUGUCUGACUAUGGAUUAGAUCCCUCAUCCAUUGUUGCAUUGAGGCUCGGGACCUUCAUUUAUCCUAAGUUAAAAACCAUUCAAUGCAUAGAUGUCGUGAUCAUCGAUAUGUGGCCGAGGGGAUGGAAUGACUUAACAAUCUGAGACAGUCGAGCGAUACUAGAGCGAG